AUGGGAGGGCUAUGCAAUUGGGAUAAAAAUAAAUGCAUCAAAAUGGAAUUCUGCCAAAUAUUGAAUUAUGAUCCCGAUUAUUAUGCAGAUGAUAAAAGGUGUGUAUAUCUCGUAGGAAAAUGCACAAAUUUCACUGGUUGUGAUCAAUAUGUUGGCGAUAAGAGAGCAUGUGAAGCUAUUUCUAAUUAUUUUAUGUCACAAGAUGGAAAAAAGUAUGAAGAUAAAGUUAUUCCAAGUUGUUCCGAUUAUGGGUCUCAAAUGAUGGAGAAUUUGGGUUUAUCGAUAAUAAAUGCUAGGUUUUGAAAUCUUGUAGUAAUUUUAAUUUAAUAUCUGGAUUUGAUUGGCUUCCAAAAGAGAAAUGCAAAUAUCACCUUACUAACUGUGAUUUUCAAAUGAAACUUGUAUCCCAAAGAAAUAUGAUAAUGUAAAUAACAAUGUUUGCAGUUAUGUCCAUGAUUAUAAUCCUUUCGAUAUUUAUGGUAUUAAUCCUUAAUCUUUAGAAUUAUGUAAGUUGGAGGAGAGUCAUUGUGUUGAGGCAAUGCCAAAAGAUUUAGCUGAAUAUAAUUGUUACCUUUAUACUAGAUUUUCAUACUUUUGGAAUCCUAAUUCAAAUUCUUGUUAAAGUGCAGUGGUUCACCAGAUAAUUUUGGAGUUAUCAUAAAGGUUAUUAUAAUGAUUUUUUAAUUUCCUUAUGA